CAGCCAACAUUUAAAAUACAAGUUUUGCUGAAUUCUGCCAGAGUUAAAAGUAAAAAUUUUCUCUCGUUAAAAAUUGCUAAAUAAUAUUGUAGAAAGAAAAUAAAAACGGUUUGCAUCAUCGAUUCAGUAUUUGUGUGAAAGAAUUACACGUACACGAGUUGCAGGUGUUUAAAAUUUAAAUCUGAGAUUUUAUUUGCGUAUGAUCUCAAUCUAAUCUAUGGAGAUGGCAGCUAUACUUGAUUUUAAAAAUUUAAUGUAAAUGCAACGUUGAAACUAUAAACAUAACAUUGCAUCAAUGUUAAACAGAUGUGAAGAAAGUAGAAUCCGAAACUAGACUCGAGGCUUCAAUAACGGAAGGAACAGCGCUUGGUGGAAAAGCACAUACAAUACGCCAUCAACAAAAUAUAAAUAAAAUGAGUGGCCGUGGAAGUCGAAAGAGGGGUAGACCGCCAAAGACUCCAAAUGAACGUGCGGGAAGUAAAUUUAAUUAUCAGUUGCUGAAAAAACCAAAAUAUUUAAGCAAGAACAGCGACUCCCAAAGCACGCCAUCCGCAUCGAGAGCAUCUUCCCCACAGGAAAGUGAAGGGAGUCGCAACAACAGAAAGGCGCCAACCAAAAGCCGUGGACGCGGUCGCAAGUCUAAUGCUAACACUUCAUACUCAAACAGAAAAAGCUACGAAUCCGAAUAUCACUAUGGAUCUGAUUUCGGAGAUUCAACAGAUAAAAGUGACGAUGAAGAUAUACUAAUGUCAAACUCUGAAGAGGAUAGCAUUGAUGGCGGAAAUGAGAGUGAGUCCGAAUUUUCAGUAUGUAGUUUCACACAGGCUGGUAUAGGAAGGCCUCCACGUCCUCCCAGCCCCGAUCCGGUGUGGCUUCAGGAUAGACAAUACGAUUCAUUAGAACUUCCAGAAUCAUCCAAUGAUUUACUUAUAGAAAGUAAUCACAUUAUGAACGCAUUAAGUGUGUAUGAAGUUCUCCGGAGAUUUCGUCAUUUAGUUCGCCUCUCACCCUUCCGCUUCGAAGAUUUGUGUGCUGCCCUUGUGUGUGACGAACAAAGUGCUCUACUAACUGAUAUACACAUAAUGCUUUUAAAGGCUAUUUUGCGUGAAGAAGACGUUCAAGGGACACACUUUAGUCCGCUGGAUCAAAAGGAUACAGUAAAUAUAAGUUUAUAUUUGAUUGAUGCAAUAACUUGGCCAGAAGUUUUAAGAAGUUAUGUUGAAAGUGAUGAUUCAUUUGAUCGUCAUGUUUCUAAUAUUUUAUCGAAUGGCGAAUAUCCGUACACUGGUGUUGAUGAUCGUAUUAAAGUAUUGCAGUUUCUUUCCGAUCAAUUCUUGACUACAAAUGCUAUAAGAGAUGUCAUGCUUCAGGAAGGGCCCAUACACUAUGAUGAUCACUGUCGGGUUUGUCAUCGUCUCGGAGAUUUAUUAUGUUGCGAAACAUGUCCCGCCGUCUAUCAUUUAGAGUGUGUCGAACCCCCAAUGUUAGACGUUCCAACCGAAGACUGGCAAUGCGGAAUCUGUAAGGCUCAUAAAGUGAAUGGUGUAGUGGAUUGUAUACUCCCUCAGGAGAAGCAAGGAGUAUUGAUACGUCACGAUGCACUAGGAUUAGACCGACAUGGCAGAAAGUUUUGGUUUAUUGCUCGAAGGAUAUUUGUUGAAGAUAAAUCGUGCGAGAAAGUUUGGUACUACAGCACCGUAUCAAAAUUUGAAUCCCUCUUAAGUGUCCUCGAUGGUGAUGAUUUGGAAAAUCGACUUCAUGCCCAGCUUCUGGAACUAAAAGAUGAAAUAAUAAGACAGCUGAAAUUAACCGAAUCACUCACAAAUGAACACAAACACAAUAAGAAAUCGUAUCUGGAAAUUGAAAUAGAUGCUGAAAAUCAAAAUAAAAAUGAGCGAAGAAAUAGUUUAGAUAGCAUCGACGAAUCGAUAGAAGCCGCUCAUAAAAAUCAGGAAUGUAAGGUUUUAACGAGACAGAAGUCAUGUCAGCAAGCCAACAAUGUGCACUAUUUUAAACUUGGAAUGGAGAAUACAUUUAAAUCGUAUGUCAAUCAAUACACAUCGAACCCAAUAGCACUAAAUAAGCCGCAACGAAAUGAAGAGAGGGAUAAGCGUAGGCAUUUGUCUCAUAAAUUUUCGCUUACAACCGCUUCUGAAUUCAAAUGGAUGGGCGUUACCAUGGGCACCGUGGACAACAUUAUUACAACUUUGCGGCAGACACUGCUGUCUUUUGAACAGAAUAUUGCCUCUCCGUUUCUUAAUCCCAAUUGGUGUAGUUUGAAAAAACUAUGGACUACUGCAGUAAUGUCGUGUCGCACGGCAGCCGAUUUUGCUUUGGUUAUGUUACUAUUUCAAUCGUCGGUGAAAAAUGUAAUUUUCGCAAAUGUAUGGCACGAACAAUUAGGACAUACGUCCCUGCGACGCAUAACAGCAGCGGAGCGCGAAGAUCGAAAAAAGCUAGAGAAGCGAGAAAAGAGAGAACGUGACGACGAAGAAGAAAGGUACCGUUUAGCAUUUAACUACAUUAAAUAUACAUUGGGCCUGAAACAUCAGGUUUGGAAACAGAAAGGAGAAGAAUACAGAGUUCAUGGUCAAUGGGGAUGGAUGUGGCUAUCAUCCAAUCGCCGGUGUGGCCGCAUCCGUCGUUCGGCGAUGCGUGGACAGGCUAUGAUGCCGUAUAAAAUCAAUGUCUAUUAUUCAAAUGGUUGCGAUGAGAAUAAAAUUGUGACGGUUGAUCCGCGCACCCAUAAAUUUAUUUUACAAUGUGAAAAAAAUGCAAUGCAAGGUCACGAUUACUACUACCUAGAAAAUUACAAAGAUGUAAAAGUACACGACAUCGAUCAUAAACGAUUUGAAAUGAUAGACGUUUCGAAAUCACUUUCAAUGAUGGGUAGGCUUUUAUAUCCAAAAAUAGCUAAAAAAAGUUCUUUGGACGAUCUAUUGUCGCGACGCAUACAGUUGAAAGAGGCCGAAGAACAAAUGUCUUUAAAAAGCGAAGAACGCAAUAUUUCGUCAGCGGAACAUAGUCCAAUGGUCGGCAAUAACAAUGCAAGAACAACAUUUCUUGAAAAAAAAUUACUUCGCCUGGUGGAGUCUCAGAAAAUGGGAGUUACUCAAAAUAAUAGUAGUGUUAACUUAGAUCUUGUGAAUUCAUUGGCCAAAAAAAUUCAAAGCGUACGAUUGCAAUUUAGCCAAUUAAAUAGGUUUGCAAAGCAGUACCGGUGUUAUACAAAAGAAUGUAACACUAAUUCAAACGCAGUAUCCCAGAUAACACAAAAUACAUGCUAUUCACCGCUUUGUUUGCAAAAGGCACGUGCGAAAAAAGAACUAUUAUUACUUCUUCGAAAGGCGCACACGGCGGGAAAUGGAUCCAAAGAGACGGUGGCUGCAAUCCUUGGCGCGGUUAAGAAACCAUCAAUAUUGGAACAAAAGCUAACGGAAGGUAAAAAGGAUACUUUGUGUUCAAUAGAUGAUGACGAUCAUAAGUGGUUAGAUGACACACCAAUGGAUUUGGCAAAUGACUGGGAACAGGCUCGUAUUGUUGGCAUUCCGUUUGAGGAAAAACUGCUGGAUGAAUGUUUUGCCACAAAAGAUGAUGUUGAUUUGUUGCUGCACAAUGUGAAAUCGGAAAUAGAUGGUGGAGAGAAUAACUCCGGCGUUUUCGGAGGGGAAGAAAAAAUUGACUUUAUUGACAACAUGGACGUAUGCAGCAAUGUUGAAAUUGAAAGUUCGGAAACGACAAACGAUGGAUCGUUAACAACAGGCGCAAACCUUUGUUCAGUGGAUGAAAGUUCAGAUUAUCAGCAAGCGAAGAGAAGUAAAAAAAGCAUAAAGUCAAGAGCUAAGACUUACAUAGGUACUAAAGACGUACUUGAUCAAACAUUAGUCAUGGAAGGUAUACAGAAAAAACAAAAUCGCCGAUUUCCCAUCCAUCAACGGCCUCAAAAGCGGGAGGACACAAUAAAAUAUGAGAAAGAGUUUUAUCCUAAUGGCAAAGAGCGCAUAUAUUCAACAAAUUCAACACGUGGCCGUAUAUAUCUACAUCACGAUAUUGCAAAACAUUCUCCAAAUGAACAGCUUAAAGAAGCUUAUGACGAAGCUGCGGGAAAAUCAAGAAAGAAUCUCCCUUAUUCAAAAUUUCCUCUUAUAUCGAGCUUUUUAUCCCACAAACUUAAGAAAAGUUUACUAAUUUUGCCUCGUUAUGAGCUGCUACGGAUAGCAAGGUUGGGGGGAAAAAUUCCUGCAAACGGUUUCCAUCAAUUAGCUAAGAAUAAUCAACUAGCUUGGCCUUACCCUUGUUCGAGGCCUUUGUUCAAGACUUGUUGGGCUUAUAGAACAUCAAACGUUUCUACUCUCUCUGCGAUUGCACUUCAACUACGAAUUCUUUGGUCAUGUCUGCGAUGGGAUGAUAUGAUUGCGAAACCCCCUUCGGCAGAUGGAAAACAUCAACUAAAUACGGAAACUGAAAUAGUUACCGUUGAGCUUUUAAAACUGAAAAACUUUGGAAGAUAUGGUGAAAGAACCCAAUAUCUAAGGAGAAAAGUUGUUAUUCCAUUGGAAAUGCCGAAAACUAUUAGAGAGGUAACUUCUAUAAGAUCGGGACUUCGUAAAAGAAAACGGGCUGAGUCACCACAACCUACGGAACCUCAAGUUUCUGAAGAAUGGGUCGAAGAGGAAAAAUUGGAAUUGUGGGAAAUCAAAUUUAUUGGAGAAAAGAUGGAAAAGAACAAGAUUAUGGCAACUACUCGCUCGACAACGCAACAGCGGCAAGUGGAAUCCUCAUCAUCUUCGUCAUCAAACGGAUCUAUCGCCAGCAAUGGAGGCCCCAAUAAAAAUUUAGUAAUAAUUAAAUCGGGCGAAGAAGCUAAAGAAAAAAGUGAACAACCAAUAAAAAUUCAACGAGUUUUAACUAAUCCUCAAAAGAAAUCGUUGCACGAAAUGACAAGGGUUUCAACCCAUGCCAAAGGACAAAUCAUCGGUAGUCGUCGUGUAAUUGUGAAGAAUCCGGACGGCACAACAAGAAUUAUUCAACAAACAGUUGCAUCGCCAGCGUCUAGAACAAAUACUGUGAAUUCAACAUCCGUUGCGACCACCGUGGCAUCUAUAACAAAUACAUCUUCGACCUCGUCUUCUACUUCUUCGAAUUAUAUGCAUAGCCCUGUUCAGCAUAACCAAAACACAGCUAAUUCGCAGUCAAAUAGUUUAAAUGUCACUUCGUCUUCCCCGGCACCUCAGCAGCAUAAAGUUCAAAUAAUAAGAGGACCCGACGGCAAAGUUAGCGUUAGAGGGUUAAGUCCUGGCCAACAGUUGAUUCAAAUGCCCGAUGGCAAAUUGCAUGUUCUUACGACAACAAAUUCGUCAUCAUCGUCGCCACAAGUUGGUGGUUCAUCGGCCUCUGGUCAAACUUCUUUUAGUAAAAAAUUGCCUAUUAAGCAACCAAUUGCACAAGCGAAUAGCCCUGUAGUUAAACAAAUAACAGUAAAGCAGAUAUCCAAGAACUCGUCUGGAAGUGUGCCUGCGGUGCAAAAGAUUGUUUCAAAUCCAGUUCGAGCGGGAACUAAGUUUGCUAGCCAAGUACUGAAUCAAAACGCUCCAUCGUCACCGGUUGUUCAAAAAGUAAUGUCCAAUGUUAUAUCUAAUCCUGCGGCUGCUAGUGGCACUAAGAUAAUAAGCAGUAAUCAAGGACUUCAGCAGCUGAUUGUUCAACCUGGCCAAAAAUUGUUGGUCGGUCAGAAUGCACAAGGCCAGAAAGUUCUCAUUCAGCCAACUUCGCAAACUACAUCGCCUUUAGGCAGUAUUGCACCUACUCCAUCUACAACAAAUCAACAACAAAUUGUGCUAAACCAGUCUGCUGGCGGAGUUGCUAAUACAAUAAAUCCAGAUUCACAGCAACCACAGAAGGUUAUACAGCAGAUAGUAAAUACGAGUAAUGUGCAACAACAAAUUUUAGUUGGCGGGCAAAGAAUAAUACUUAGCCCUGGACAAACUAUUGUCACCCAGCGAUCUGUACCUGUUCAAAAUUCAGCAGUACCCGUUCUACAAUCGUCAAGCACACAAAAAAGCGCAACCCAAACUUCUUCAAGUUUGGUACAAAGUUCACAGGCAACAAAAAUUGUAAAGCAGGUUGUUCUACCCCAACCUCAAAUGACUUCCAAUGCCUUCGACACCCAAGCCAAUAUUAACUCAUUAAAGACACCUCAACAUACUGUGAACACAUCGUGUACUGCAACUGCAGCACCGAUUACAAAUAAUCAACAGCAAAUUAUAGUGCAGAAUUCUACUUUAGCUCAACAAUUAGCCCAGGGGAAGCUACAGGUUGCAACAAUCAACGGACAACAAGUUAUAAUAAAACCCUUGGGCAACAAUCAAGCGCAAAUUGUUGCGCAUAUAAAAACUCAAAGCGAUGGCAAUGCGCAUAUUGUAACAAAUUCGCCUACUGAAAAUCAAAUGUCUCCGACAAAAAUAAUGCCGGUUUCGCAGUCUAAUCAGGUUCACCAAGAAACUGGACAAACUGUAUCGCAAGUCGCUUCAAGCCAACCACAACAAUCCCCAGCAAGUCAAACCAUGUCUAUAGAAGAAAGUCUUUUACAAGGACAGCCACCUGGAACUGUCAUUAAAUGUGUAACAGCGCAGGUUAUUCAAACUGAACAGGGACCUCGCAUAGUAUUGCAAGGUCUCGUUGGAAAUGAUUUCACUCAACAACAAUUAGCGUUGGUACAACAACAGGUUAAGCAGCAAUUAUUGAAAGCACAAGAAUCAAGUGGUAAACAAGGUGUGCUUGGACCAACAAAGAUCUAUUUGGCGGUACAGCCGUCAAACACCAGUGGUCAGCCACCACCGCUGACACCAGUACAUCAAACGCAGCAAACGACACACCUAGGUACACCAAAAACACAUAUUGAGAAAACCACCACUGCUCCACAAAAUACAAUUUCGAACAAUAGCAUCAACUUCAAAAGCAAUAUAUACAGAGAAUCAACAACUGUUGAAUAUGAACCUUCAAACGCGCCACUUUUAAGAGCAGCAGAAACUACUAGAAACGAGGUAACAUCACAGUUCGCAGAAUUCCCCUCCACUGAUAUCCAACAAAACUUAAAUAUCGAUACGGAUUUUCAUGUUGGAUUUAAAAACAUAAAAUCGAAUACAGCCUUAACAAAUGCUACAAAUUACGUUGCGCAAAACAAUGACACUAAUGGUAAAAAAUCUAAUAGAAGUUUGGAAUGUGACCUUAUGUUACAAACACCAAAGUUGAAAGUUAAGAGGGAAAAUAUUACUACCUAUGAUUUAAGCACAAAACUUGCGGAAGGUGAUAAUUCCAACUUAACGAAAGAUUUAAAUACAUUAAACUUAUUGGAAACUUUAGAACGCCACAAGGAUACUCUUAAAAGCAGCAUUUUAAAAAAACGUUCUUUGCUUGAACGAAAUUUGCAGAGUGAAAUUAAAGAGGAAAUGUCAAAAAAAGUAUUCGUCAAUAAAUUUGAUGAAGACAAUGGUUAUGGCUAUUCAUCAUCUUUUGCCGACAACAAAAAGAACGAACAAAAACAACACUCUCCAAAGUCAAACGGGAAUAGUAACAACUCACUUUCAAGAGGAAAAAAGUUGAGUAGGAAAAAGGAAAAACUUUAUUGCGUUUGUCGUACUCCAUAUGAUGACACAAAGUUUUACGUAGGUUGUGAUAUAUGUAGCAAUUGGUUUCACGGCGAUUGCGUCAAUAUAACAGAGGAAGAUUCAAAGAAAUUGUCAGAAUUUAUUUGUGAUGACUGCAAGAAGGCGAGAGACACGCAGGAACUUUACUGCUUAUGUAAACAGCCAUAUGAUGAGUCUCAGUUUUACAUAUGUUGUGAUAAAUGCCAGGACUGGUUCCAUGGUCGUUGUGUUGGUAUUGUUCAAAGCGAAGCAGAAUUCAUUGAUGAAUACGUAUGUCCAGCAUGCCAGAAAAACAAUUCCGUUAAUAUGGCUAAUAUGAAAAACUUAAGCGAAAAUGAAACUUCUGAACUGUGUAAACUAAUUAAGCAUAUACAGGCUCAUAAAAGCGCGUGGCCUUUCAUGGAGCCGGUGGAUCCAAAUGAAGCACCAGACUAUUAUAAGGUUAUAAAAGAACCAAUGGACCUAAAACAAAUUGAAGAAAAAUUAAGCAAGAAUGUUUACAAUAAAUUAUCGGAAUUUAUUGGUGAUAUGACUAAAAUAUUUGACAAUUGCCGCUAUUAUAAUCCGAAGGAAUCGUCUUUUUACAAAUGCGCAGAAACGUUAGAAUCGUAUUUCGUUCAAAGAAUUAAAAACUUUCGUGAAAGUGUAGUUAGCCAGACCUAAUUAUGAAAAAAAUUUUAAUUUUUUUUUUAUUCCUCGAAGUUACUAAUUUGAUUCUUAAGUAGUGUGUAUUAUUAAAAUAGAAACUAUUAAUGAAAUAUUAUAUUUUUAGUUGCACGAACGUGUAACGUUACAUUUAAGUAUAUUUUAGCAACAUUGAUAAUUAGAAUUAGUAUAAGAAUUAAGAAAACGAUUUUGUACAGAAUUAUUAAGCCGAAGAUAACCAUUAUUACAUGGUUUUGUAAAUAUGCAUUUCUAGCAAUAAACCUUUAAAAGAGAAAUAAAAAUAGCCACGCGUUUUUCCAAUUUA